AUGAACCUAGUACCUCCAGAAGACACAAAUUCCCUUGCCCACCACACAGGCAUAAAGAAAUUCCCGACACUGCAAUACCCUGAUAUCUCUUCACGCGCAAAGUGGUCUGUGUCUUCUUACAAAUUUGGGUUUGGCGCGGAAUGCCUUCUGGAUGGCGAUCCUGACACUUUCUGGCACUCGGAUGGCCCUCAGCCGCAUUAUAUUACCAUUGAAUUUCCCAGAAAAAUGGCUAUUCAAAAAAUAAGCAUUUACCUCAAUUUCCCCCUCGACGACUCUUACACUCCAUCUACAUUGGCUAUACGCGCUGGAACGGGCCUCAGUGACUUGCAAGAUGUUCGCAUCGUCACUUUAGAUAAACCUGAUGGUUGGAUCACCUUCGAUGUUUCAUCCGAGCCAAAUGAAGACGGUGAUGGCCUCAACCCAGUUUAUGCCUACGUUCUGCAAAUUAUUGUGGCUGCUAACCACAUGAGUGGCAAAGAUACCCAUGUUCGCGGUUUACGCGUCCUCGGACCAAUAGACGAAAGCUCCGCUAUCGAUGAUGACCCAUUCCCAUUCCAAUCGCCUGCAUUUAAAAUGUAUGAAACAAUUCGGUAA